UAGAGCACAGUCAUUUUAUCCCAAAUAAUUGAUAAAUUCAGAAAGUAAUUGCGAUUUAAAACCUUUUAAUUCGAAUUAAAUAAUUCUUUCAAUAUAAUAUACUACUUGUUAAGCUAAUUUUAACUAAAAGAAAGCAACAACAUGGAUUUCGGUGACGAUUUUGCAACAAAGGAAGAAGUUGAUCCAGCAGCAGAGUUCUUGGCCCGAGAGCAGUCCGUACUUGGAGAUUUGGAGGCGGAAAUUACAGGCGGAUCUGCAACGCAAGCAACUGCGACAACAGAUGAUGGAUUGUUAGAUGGGUUAGUUGGCGGGGGCGGCGAUAUGGGAUUGGGUAGCGAACUGUCUGCUGCUGUUGGAGGUGGUCUCGAAUCAUCGACUGGCAGCUUUGAAGUCAUCGGCGGUGAAUCGAAUGAGCCCGUUGGCAUCUCGGGACCACCGCCAUCGCGCGAAGAGCCUGAAAAGAUCAAAAAGUGGCGUGAGGAGCAAAAGAAACGCCUGGAGGAAAAGGAUCUGGAAGAAGAGCGCAAGAAAGAAGAGCUCCGCCAGCAAUCCAAAAAAGAACUGAAUGAUUGGCUUCGCCAAAUCGAAGAAUCUAUCUCAAAGACCAAAUUGUCCUCGCGAAACGCCGAAAUACAAACAGCUUCACUAGAAAACGGUGCAAUUGAGCCUGGCACUGAGUGGGAGCGUGUGUCAAAGCUCUGCGAGUUCAAUCCUAAGGUGAACAAGUCCGGCAAGGACGUUUCGCGUAUGCGUUCCAUUUACCUGCACCUCAAGCAGAACCCAAUUCAAACGCAGAAGAGCACAUAAAGUCGACUAUCGUUAUCUACAAAUAUAUUUAUCAAAUAUCUUUCAGUUGAACAAUGAAAUUCAAUUAUGAAGUAUUCGCUGUAAAUUCCAAUCAUAUAAAAUAUGUAUU